UUCAUCCUGACACCUUUUAUCGUCUUAAAAAAUAUUGAAGCGAAAUGUUAAUAAUUUAUCAUUUUAACACAAUAGUUUUUAAUUACAAAUUGAAUUAAUAUUAUUAAAAACAAUAAAAAAUGGAUGCCAAAAUACGCGUGAAGAGUAAAAGUUCACUUAAGCUCAGGAAUCUGCGACUAAGCUUAAAAUAUAGGCCCGAUGUUUUACAGCUAAUUUUGAAAAUGCGUCAAUGUUUAAGAAAAAAGAAUUCUAUAAUCACUCAAUUAAAAAAGCAACUAAAGUUAUUGAUGAGUAAUGAAGUAAAAUCAUCUUUUGUACAAACUGAUGAUGCAACUCCUGAGUUUAUUCAAGGGAAGUCAGACCACACCACACUUGAAAUUGACAAUGAUAAAUUACUGUCCGAUGUUAGCACACAGACUAGUAAACUUCAAAUUAGUGAUGAUAAUAAGAAAGUUUUGAAUUCAGAAGAAAACAUUGAAUCAAAGGUGUCUGAAUGGAAGUUACAUGACGAAGAAGCUGAUAAGGGAAAAAGUAUAGCAGAACAAGUAAAAGAAGUUGCACAAUCUGCUUUAAAUGAAAGUGGAAUGGUCUAUGUAGAGGCGGCUGGAAUGUACUAUGAUUACAAGACAGGGUACUAUUACAAUUCCGAGCUUGGCUUGUAUUACCACACAGACACUGGCUGUUACUACUAUUACUCAGAUGAAAAGAAAGAUUUCUUAUUUCAUUCAUACCCUGAUAGAAGUGCUGAAAUUGAAAAUGCUCCCUUAUUUAAGCAUGUAUUAAAGAAAGCUAAAAAGCAUAAAAAGGAAAUGAGAUCAAAUAUUGAUAACCUGACGAAAAAAUUCUCUCAGGACAAAGAAGAUGAUGAAGUCAGUAAGCCGAAAAGAAAGAAGAUUAUGAGAAGAAAGAAGAAGGUGGAUAGUAAUGAUGUUGAGAAAUCUGAAACAAACGAAAACAUAGAGACUGAAAACAUGGGUGACGGUUCCACUGAAGAAUUACAGAAAGAAGUGAUAGAUGAUGAAUUAGAAGAUGGUGAAUGCAGUGAAACGGAUUGCGACGAUCAUAGUGAAGUUGAAGAUGAUGUAGAAUCAAUCAUUAGUAUUUCAACUGCUACUGAUGAUGAUGACUCGAUAGCGAAGCAUCAUCCGCCAUGCAUGCGUUUGAUAGUUCGAGAAACUAAUGUACAGAAACUGAAAAUUGGCAGUCUGUUUGUUAUUACAAAAGAUGGUGGCUCUAUAGGCAGGGAGGGUGAACAACAUGCAAUUGUAAUCAAAGAUAAUAAUGUAUCAAGGAAUCAUUUAGAUAUAAGAUACAAUUUGGAGAGAAAUCUUUAUAUGGCAACGGAUUUGGGAUCCAAAAAUGGAACAAUAUUGAACGGGAAUAGAAUGUCGGAAAGUCAAGAUAUUAGCAUACCAAUGGAGGUACUUCACGGCAGUACAUUGCAAUUGGGAGAUACAAAGUUAUUAUGUCACAUACAUUCCGGGAACGAGACAUGCGGACAUUGUGAACCGGGACUUCUCAUCGAUUCUGAAGACAAAGAUCGCAAAGUUGCUUACACGCGUACCUGCAGCGUACAGAAACAGCAUCAGCUGGAGCUGGCGCGUCUCAAGAACAAGUACGCUAAGCCGCCGCUGGCCAUAGACAACGAGGCGUACAACGACCGUGCGCAGGCGCGGCGUGACACUGUCGGCUCAUCUCACUCCGCUGAGAAGACGCAGACCAGUGAUAUUCAUUCGUACAUACCGUCAGAGAACAAAGGAUUCAAACUGUUGGAGAAGAUGGGCUGGUCUAAGGGUGAAGGUCUCGGGAAGGACAACCAAGGUGACAAGGAGCCCAUACCGCUGUUGAGUAAUGAAAAUAAAGCUGGCCUGGGCGCGAAGAGCGCUGCACUCCCGCAGCCACGUCUUCACCCUCCUGUCUCCAACCUGGGCCCAGCCACGCUGCGCCUGGCCGCGCGCACCAAGAUGCUGCAACCCCCCGCCAAAGCUUUCCAAGAUCCAUUGAAUUUUGAUUCCGAUUAAAACUGUUCAUAUUUCAAUGAA